AUGGAUUUGAAGAGCGCGUGUCGUCUGUGCCUCUUCCCGGUCCAAAUGCUCUACUACGUGGUCCGGGCCGGCUUGUUGUCGCUGUUGCCCGGCCGGAGGAAGGACCUGGCCCGGGAGGUGGUGCUGAUCACCGGCGGGGGACGAGGCAUCGGGCGGCACCUGGCCAAAGAGUUCGCCAAGCAGGGGGCCAGAAAGGUGAUCCUACUGGGCCGAACAGAAAAGUGCCUCAAGGAAACGGCGGAAGAGAUAACCCUGUCGGGAACAGAGUGCCACUACUUCCUGUGUGAUGUGGCCAAUCGGGAGGAAGUGUACAAGCAAGCCAAGGUUGUCAGAGAAAAGGUGGGAGAUGUCACGAUAUUGGUGAACAACGCCGCCGUAGUCCACGGCAAAAGUCUGAUGGACAGCGACGACGACGCCCUUCUGAAAUCCCAACACAUCAACACCAUGGGACAGUUCUGGACUACAAAGGCCUUCCUGCCUCGGAUGCUGGAGCUGCAGCACGGCCACGUCGUGUGCAUCAACUCCAUCCUGUCCCAGUCUCCCAUCCCUGGGGCCAUAGACUACUGCACCUCCAAGGCCUCGUCGCUGGCCUUCAUGGAGAGUCUGACGCUGGGGCUGCUGGACUGUCCCGGCGUUGGCUGCACCACCGUUCUUCCCUUCCACACCAAUACGGAGAUGUUCCAGGGCAUGAGAGUCAGGUUCCCGCAGCUCUUUCCACCUCUCAAACCUGAGGUAGUUGCCCAGAGAACCGUGGAUGCAGUCAGAGCGGACAAGGCUUUCCUCUACCUGCCCUGGACUAUGCAUGCCCUUGUCAUUUUAAAAAGCUUCAUGCCACAAGUCGCACUUGAAGAAAUCCACAGGUUUUCUGGGAGUUACACCUGCAUGAACACGUUCAAAGGGAGGACAUGAGCCCGGAUUGCACACAAAGUGAGAGAGACCGAAACAGCUCUGGGUUGUUGUGAAGGGAAUAUGGACCUUAAGACAGCUGGAAGUGGAGGAGCCCUGAGGAUGGUGGGAAGACAAAUACUUAGGGGACAUGCAAGGUCGGUUGCUCCUGCAGGUAGAAUUAAUUGACAAACUGCAGGAUACGCCCUGAUCGCGCACGCGUGUGUGUGUGUGUGUGUGUGUGUGUGUGUGUGUGUGUGUGUAUAGUACGAAGGACUGAAUGCCUUCUUACUUUGAACAGAAGCCAUGAAUAGAUCUGUACCGGUAGUUAUUCUGGGAGUUUUUUUUUUCUGUGACACUUGUUUUAGCCUGUUUUUACACUUCUUUUCUUAUUCUCCUUCUUUUUUUUUUGUUAUGUGUCUUUGAAUCAAAACGAGAUAAUAAAACAGAGUUUUAGAAG